AUGGAUAACGAAUGGAUCAACAACCUACUGAAGCAAUUGUCUUAUGCCUACUGCUACAACGAUCUAGAAGACACCAACCUCUUCGUGCAUGUACAAAAAAAAAUCUUAAAUAACUUCCUCUGUGUAGAAUUAUUGCCCUUGUUUAAAAAAAACCUAGAAAAUUUGCUACUCGCUAGUGCACAGAACUGGCUCAUGGUUUACAUACACCAGUCCUUCUAUCUCACCCUGAAUGUUAAACCAAUAAAAAUUUACAAAAAUGGGGAGGAAGAAAAGGCUAAACUACGAAAUAGGAGAAGCAGCAGAGAUGUAAUUAUGGAUCGACGAAAUAGCAGAGAUGAGGAUGAUAAUUAUUCUUCAGAUUAUAAGAGCAGGGACUCCUACUCCAAGUAUGACGAUCGGGAAAGUAGACACCACCGCCAUGGAGGGAAGAAGAAGUACUACAGUGACGAAUCGUAUAGUAGCAGUGAUGAUGGUGAUGUUGGGAAAAGGACCAGCCGCAUGCGGAAGGAAGAGAAAAAAAGCAAAAAGAAAGAAAGCAAAUGGGGUGAAAGUGACAACUUGAUCACUGCAGAAGGGAAGGAAGCACAACAGGGAAACAAAAAAGGGAGCUUAAAAGGAACUCAAAAAGGAGGCACCAAUUGGGAUAUCAGUGCCGACCAAAGUGCAGACCAAAAUGCAGACCAAAGUGCCGAUCAAAAUGCAGACCAAAAUGCAGACCGACGCGGUGAGACCAAUUGGGACCUCACCAGAGAGCAAACUGCCAAGCAUAAGUCGGUGAAGAGGUCGAACAAGUCGGAACUCUUCGAUUCUUCACACACCACUGAAAGUGACGAGGAAUACAAAUCGGAAGAAACGAUGAAAGAAAAAGAAAGUGGCUAUAUGAAGAAUCUGUCCUAUGAUGAUAACUACUCGGACAAGUCUGAAAAAAGCUACAUUUCUAACAAACCAGAUGAAGAAAAAAAAAAACAACAAAUUUUAAAAAGUAUUAAAAAAAAUCAUAACGUGUACGAAGUGGUGUCCAUAAUCUGUGAACCCGUUAACUAUGGGAUCAGGCUACACAUAAUGGCUUGCGACAUCUACGGGGAUAUUAUCGAGUACAUCUACCUAGACAACGUAUACCUAGAUAUUGCAAAGAAGGAGAAAAUGCCAGUUGAGCAGGAGAAAAUUUCCAAAGAUAUUAACAUAUUUAGCAACUUCCUGAAGAAGAUAAAGCCCGAUGUGAUAGUCAUCGGGGUUAGGGACGUGUACUCCUACCUCGUCUACUCCCCCGGCAAGUACGUGGUAAUCGCCGAAAAUCUGUACAUCCCAAGCAUAGUAACGAACAGCCUGAAGUACAGCGCAGAUCUGACGAGCAAGUACUCGAGGGAAGCACUGCUCUGCCUGUCCCUGUGCCGCUUUGUGCAAAACCCACUCUGCGUAGUUAUAUCCCUUUUCGAGGAAGAAAACAAAAACAUGUUUAACAUCUGCCUGCACGAUUUACAAAAAUAUGUUUGCAGCUACAAACUGGAGGCACUCUUCCACAGAAUCAUAGUAGAUGUAGUAAACAAAACCGGGUGCGACAUCAAUUUUUUGAAGAAAAAAAAAAAACACUUGGGAGUCAUGUUAAGUUACGUGGCCGGAUUAGGGUUACGAAAAAGGGAAGAAUUGAUCAAACUUUUACACAACAGAAAUUUGAGCACGAGGGAGGAUCUACUGACCUUAUCGUCAAAUAAGAAUCUCAUAGGGAAAUGCAUCUAUCGAAAUUGUUCAUCCUUCAUUAGAAUUAUAGGCCACGGGGAUGAGUACGUAGAGGCGUUGGACAACACAAGGAUCCACCCCCUCAAUUGCUACGACAUCAUCCACGAUCUUUUCAAAAAUGUCAUAGAUACAAAAAAAAAUAAUUUUUUAAAAGGCACCUACGAUAUUGUUAAUUACAUUAUUAACAAGAAAAAGCUUAUUCGAAAUAUGGAAAUAAAGGACUAUUCUAGGAGAUUCUAUGAUGACAAAAAAAUCUACAUCUACCCCUACCUCAAGUUCAUACAAACAGAACUAAUGCACCCUUAUAAGGACUACCGUUACAACUAUGAGAAAAAAAAGGAAGAAGAAUUAUUUUACCAAAUAAUUAAUGAAAAGAAAGAAAAUCUAGCCAUUGGAUCUGAAGUUGUAUGUAAAAUGGAUUAUAUUAACAAAAAUAAUAAUUACAUAAAGAUAACCAUUUUACCAUACAAUAUCAGAGGUAUCAUUACAGACUCCAAGGAAUUUUUAAGACAAUUGAAAAAGUAUUACAUUGAAAGGAUGAACCUAAUUAACUCCAAUUUGGACAGCUUAAAUUCUGUACAUAAGGGACAUCAUCAUUAUGGGAAUAGCAACAAUUUGAAAGAUACGGAAUAUAUUAACAACUCUGUGGUGGGAGAAUUAAUCAAAGGGAGAAUCACAUCCAUUAGUUACAACUUGUAUAGCCGUUUCGAAACAAAUUUUCAUGUUGUCGUAACGGAUGAAAAUAUUAAGAAGAUUAAGAAACAGACCUUUUUGGAGAAUUUAAAAUGGCCACUUAAUUAUGAUUACUUGUCCCCACUGGUCGAGCUGGAUAUACAUCACGACACAAACACGUUCAUACAAAAUCAUUUUAGAAAAUUAAACGACAAUGAAGACUUUGAAGAUUUUGAUGAGGAGGAUGAGGAGGAGGACGAAGUCCAAACGGACCAGCACCAAUCGCACCUGCACCAAUCGCACCAAUCACGUGAGCAGCAUCAGGAUGGCCACAUGCCAAACCGAAGCAAUGCAACCAGUAGACAACAAAAAAUAAAAAUUAAAAAUAAAAAUAAAUACUACCAAAGCAAAAAACUUAUAAAUCACCCACAUUUCAAAUUAUGGAAUUAUCAUGAAGUGCAUGCAUAUCUUAAACAGAAAAAUGUCGAGAUUGGAGAGUCUAUCAUCUACCCCUCCAACGAACUGAACAAAUUAUACUUGCACAUAAAAACAUCAGAUGAGCCUUUCAUUAUUGCCAAGUUUACUGUGUAUGAGAAGAACAUUCAACAUGGGGGGAACACUGGUAGUGCCUCUCUACAUAAACACCUCCAAGGGAUUCAACAUGUGUAUCUUAUAAAUAAUGAGCAGUUCCACUCCAUUGAUCAGAUUAUAUCCCUCUUUUGUGACAAACUAAAAAAAAACCUAAUCGAAUUGUAUAACCAUCCCAAAUGUAAAAGAAGAAAAGAAAUCGAAGAAAUUAGGCAAGAAUUAUCACAGGAGAGUUUACUAAAACCGGAACACAUCGUAUGGGCCCUUAUCCCACCCAUUCCAAUCCCGCCCAAAAAAAAUACCAACGAAAAUGAUAAAAAUGCCAUUCCUGACUUUAACCCUCUACGAUUUACCCUCAUGGUUAUCCCCCCACAUAAUCACCACCAACAGUUGUAUGCAAAUUAUAACAGCGACCUUCGUCCCAAGGACCACAUCGUACUACAGGACUCCAUCUACGUCGACCAUAAAUCCUUCAAACUGUGGACCAGGGUCGAUCGCAACUUUAAAAACCUCAUCAAUUGGUGGAAGGAGAAGGGCUACUGGAAUAGGCAGAACGAGCGUCAGGAGUACAUGAACGAGAAGAAGCGGAAGAUGGAGGAGUACCGCCGCCUCCGCGGGGGCAGAGCCUAA